AGGUGGACUGAUAGAUAUAUGGUACCUUAGAACUACUACUACAACUACUCUCCCUCCCUCUCUGUCUCUGAAGAACAACAACAAUAGACUUUUUAAUUUUUCAUCUUUCUUGUUCUUGAGAUGGGAUCAACCGAUGCUGAUACUGCUGCUGCUGUUGGUAGAAAACCGGCGGUUUUGAUGAUCUGCGGUGAUUAUAUGGAGGACUACGAGGUGAUUGUUCCAUUUCAAGCGCUUCAGGCGUUGGGUGUUCGAGUUGACUGUGUUUCUCCAAACAAGUAUUCGGGAGAUAAAUGCCUCACUGCUGUUCAUGACUACAUGGGUUAUGAGCUCUACACGGAAUUGCCAGGCCAUUCCUUCACAUUAAAUGGAAAUUUCACUGAUGUCAUACCCGAGUCAUACGAUGCUUUAAUCAUCCCCGGUGGCCGAUUCACCGAGUUGCUUAGUAUUGAUGAUAAGGUUCUUGACGUUGUCACUAAGUUUGCGGAAACAGGGAAACCAAUUGCUACAACAUGUCACAGCCAACUGAUACUAGUAUCAGCUGGGAUCAUGAAGGGGAAAAAAUGUACUGGGUUUCCAAGUUUGAAGCCUGUUAUUAAGCUAGCUGGAGGAUUUUGGUUGGAACCAGAGCCAAUGACUUCUUGCGCUCUUGAUGGGAACAUCAUAAGUGCUAUUGGUUGGCCUGCUCAUGCUGAUUAUCUAUCUAUUCUUUUAAGAUUAAUGGGAGCUAAAGUUUCAGGGAAUCAAAACAAAGCAGUCUUGUUCCUUUGUGGGGAUUAUGUCGAAGAUUACGAGAUAAAUGUGCCAUUCCAAGCUUUAGGAGGCUUAGGUUGUCGAGUGGAUGCUGUUAGCCCAACAAAGAAGAAAGGAGGGAAAUGUGUCACGGCUAUCCAUGAUCCUGAGGGUGCCCAAGUUUGUAGUGAAAAGCAGGGACACAACUUUAUUUUGAAUGCUAACUUCUCCGAUGUUAGGGUGGAGGAUUACGAUUGUCUUGUCAUACCAGGUGGGAGAUCACCAGAAUUCUUGGUCAUGGAUGAUGAAGUUGUCUCACUAGUGAAGGAAUUUGGAGAAAAGAACAAAGUCGUCUCUGGCAUUGGCAAUGGGAAGUGGCUCUUGGCUGCUGCUGGUCUUUUAGGGGGCAAGAAUUGCGCAAGUGGCUAUUCGAUGAAAGCCAUUGUUAAGGUUGCUGGUGGUAAGUUGGUUGAAUCAGCAGAGGCAGUGGCUCAUGAGAAGCUGCUGACAGCAACAGGAUGGCCAGCAUUACCAACCUUCAUUUCAGAACUUAUUAAUCUCUUAGGAAUUAGUGUGGUCUUCUGAAUUACUUCUCUGCUUGUCUGAUCAUGAAUUUAUAAUACAAAGGCCUCCUUUGGUGUGUUUUAAGAUAGCGCUGUAUCGGCUAGAACACCAAAAUGAAUCUUAAAAUCUGAAAUGAACUACACAAUUAUUAAGUUACAUGAUGCAAGUGGAGUUCCCAUCUAAAA